AAACAGCGUCCCCGCACGACGCUAACACGUCCCAGAUCUAACAGGAAAAAAAAACCACCCCACCACGUCGCCACCAACUAACCCAUCAUCCAUCAACGCAGGUCCUCCCCGGUCACGCGGCAGUCACCCCCACUCUGCUUUGCUCUGCCGCCCCGCCCCGCCCGCACUGCAUCGCGUCCUCCGGCGCCCUCGCUGUCGGCGCCAUUGGCGGGCUCGCCUUCAACUGCCCCGUCCGCUGGAACCAACCAGGUCUAAACAUGCUUCAUCGUUCAAAUAGCCGGAACCAAAGGAACAGGGGAUCAAGAAUCAAAACACUACUCCAAGCUACCUUGCUUAUAGGUGUUAUUUUUUGGCUCCUAUAUCAGGUGAAGCAUUCCUAUGAUAAGAAAAAUGAGUACUUGGAUGAUGCUGAGGAUCAGCUUGCCCAUAAUGAUAUAAGCAUGUUCCAGGGGAGGAAAGAAAAGGCAGGUAGUUACAGUGAUAGCAAUAUCCAAAUGGUUGACGACAAUUCUGAUGUAACGACUAAACCAGAAGAACGUGAUGCAGAUCACCAUUCAGAUACUUUUAAUUAUAAUGAGAAGACUGGAGAAACUGUGUUCGAUAAAGACAGUACUAACUUGAAUGAAGAUGACAAGAGAAACACUGAGAGGUCAGAAGCGGAAGGACAAGUCAACAGUGCAGAUGGUAAUACAGAAGUUAAUAAUAAUAACAAUGAAGAUGAAACUACCGGUCAUGCAGAAGAAGGCAAGCAUGAUACUGAAUCCAACUCUGCUGCUGAGAGUAAAAGUGAAGUCAAUUCAACUGGAGAUGAUAUGUCCCGAAACAAUUAUGCACAAGAGGAAAACACUGGGGAGGCAAGUGGAACGUCUCAUGAAGUGGUGCAAGGUGAACAAUCGACCAGUGCAAGUGGAAGCGGGAAUGGAUCGGAUGGAGAUGGUGAGAAAAAUGAGGCAGUUGAUAUUAAAAGUGGUUCUGAAUCCCUUCCUGAUGAUGCCAAGGCUGAAGCAACUGAUGACCGUGCUACUGUCAGUCUUCCUGAUGAAACCGGGAAUAUACCAUCAGUUCAUACUGAUAAUUCGCAAAAUGAUGCCAGUGAAAACCAAGGUGAUGCAACUUACACUACCUCGGAUUCGUCUGAGCAUGGCAUUGUUGAGGCUGUCCAUAUUGAAACUGGAUUGGAAGAUGAAAGUGCAACAGCAUCAUCUGGGACUGGAUCUGGUGAUGACAACGGUAACUCAUCUGAUAGCGCCUCUGCAGAAGAAAAUACUGAGACUGUAUCUGGUGAUGAUGAGAAGGGCAUGGGAACAGGUACAACCACUGAAGCGUCAUAUUCCAUACAACAGAACUCUGAGAACAGCAGUGUCUCAGCUGAGGCAGAGAACUCCCAAGGGGAUUCUUCCAGCGGAGUGAAUGGUUCUUCAGAAGAGACAUCUAACAAGGGUGAUGGAGCUACAGAAACGUAUAACAAGGGUGAGCAGGUGGAUCCCAAGAUUGAAACUAGCACAUCCACCAAUGCCGAGCAUAAUGAAUCUCAAGGGGCUGAUGGCAGCUCUGGAUCAAAUGGUAACGGCCCUGAACAAACCGGUAAAUCUGAAAGCCAGUGAUUUCCACCAUCGAGAGUUCGAGACACGAAUUUAGUAUACAGGUUUGUUUUCUGGAGAUUGAAGAGGGGAUAGUGCACAUAGAAAAACUGUUCACUGUGGUUUAUCGAGAUUUUAGUCGAUACUGCCGAAGUAUAAUUGUGCAGAUCGCAAGAUUGGUUGUCUGCUAUGCUUAUUGCUUAUGGCAUGAUUUCUCGUCAAGUUGUACUUGAGUCAAUAUUUCUGUACGGUUAUUAAUCUCGACAUGGUACUCUGUUCAUUGUUGGAU